UUAACUUUUCUUGGGAUUCUUGGCAUUAAAUUAAAUGUUUUUAUUGUUUUAGAGCCAAAUAAAGUAAGCUGACAGAUCUGUAUUGUCCAAUUAAAAUCGCUUUAUUUGGGAAAAUAUAAAGAGAGUAUUUCUGUUCGCAGUUAUUCGUUAGAGGUGGGAAUGCAAUGGGAUGCCUCCAGGGAAGUGUCAGGAAUCUUUAAAAAUUUUCUAUGACGUUUGAAGGAUGUUUAGUAAAAAGCCUCAUUCAGAUGUCAAAAAAUCUUCUCUGAAAGUUUUAGACCUGAAAAAAGAUAGUUUGGGCCGUUUGAAACAUUUGAAAGUUGUUUUAGAAAACUCUGACAUUCAUGAAGCAAAAAUCUUCUUCGAGUCCAAUUACAGUCACAUUUUUUAUGUGUUUUAUGAUGUUUUUAUAUCUGCAGAAAAUAAUUUGAAACAACGAGCUUUCAUUUUUUGUUUGAGAAGUUUAAGAAACAUUACCUACCACAUCUCUUUCCAGGAUUUUCUUGCAUCUCAAAUUUGUUUUCACCAUCAUUAGAUUUACCAGUGCUGCGAACUGAAAAUGAUAUUAAGUUAGACCACGAUAGUACAAGGUUUUCACAAAAAGAGACUUUGUAUCUCUGUCAGUCAACAGUUAUUCGAUGGAUUACUCAUUUUACUCAAUUAGUGAAAAAGACCACUGUUACUUUUCAACAGGCUGCAAUAAGCGAGUCGAAAGAACAGAAUGAAACAAACCGUCCAUCUGCAACUGCAGAAUCUGAAGGGAAUCAUCAUUCUUCAUCUCACAACAACAACAACCUCCUCACAACAUCUUCAUUUGGGAUGGAAAGGGACCCCAGUAGUACAUCUCUAGGAAACGAUGACCUUUCCCUCCACGAUUAUGCGAUAGUUCGCAGUACUCUUUAUUCUAGUCGUGAGAACAUCAACAUGGUGAACGAGAUAUUUCGCAGGGCAUUUUUAAUGCACUUCAAGUUUUCCUCCACUAUGAGAAAGGUAGUUGCUGUUUAUAGAGAAUGGAUUCAUAAAAAUAGCAAUGAAAAACCAAUUUUUUUAGAAGAACCUGUUUUAACACUUGAAUCAAAAGAAGACAAAGUGGAUGGUCCUUUUUUAUCAAAAGAAGCAGGAGGGGAAGAGUAUCCAUCAGAGCUUUCAGGCAUGCGCCUGAGAAAAGAUUCCUACAUAAAAGCAAUACACAGUGAUAACAAUCAUUUGAGAGCUGGUCUCCAAAAUAUGCUCAUAGUCUUCCUGACAAAUGCAGCAAAUGUAUUUUUAUUAGAUUUAUCUCACGAUAGCUUGCAUUUCUUGGAAGAACAGGUGGAUAUGUGUAAACGUGUGUUAAAUAUAUAUCGAUAUAUGGUUAUGAAUAUUCAGAUGGAAAGAAGAGUAUGGCAACAGUUGUUGUUAGUUUUGCUUCAAAUAACUUCAUUAGUUCUUAAAGAAGUGCCUCCUGUUAGAAAGGAAGAUGUACUGGGUGGUCGAUUAGCUCCUGCUUUGUUUCAGACUUUGAUUGUAACUUGGAUCAAAGCAAAUCUAAAUGUUGUCAUAUCAACAAGCCUUUGGGAUAAGUUUCUCUCUGUCUUAUCGUCUCUGACUCUUUGGGAAGAAUUGAUCAAAGAGUGGGCUAAAACAAUGGAAACUUUGACCAGAGUUUUAGCCAAACAAGUGUAUUCUCUAGAUUUAAAUGACUUGCCUCUGGAUAGAUUAAGUGAGCAAAAAAUGAAGAAAAACAGAGGUAUGCGGAAAACUGUUAUCGGAAACCUGGAUGAAAAAUUCGAAAAAUGCAAAUCGCAAAGCACUUCUGUUGUAAGAGCUGGAAAUAUUUAUGAUGAUGCAUCUUUACAAGGAACUGUGAGGACUGAUGCUGCCCCUGUCAUGAGGGCACGGUCUGGCAGUGGGAGUGGUGAACAUAUGCAUAAACAUCAUUCUGGAAAUAUGCGGAGGAGCAACAGUGAUACGAAUCUAUUAAGGAAAAAUCAUUCGCAUCGUUUGAAGGAUUUUUCUGCAAUCGAUGUUUCUAGUCAAAAGCAAGUUUUUGUUACAGGUGCUUCUCCAAUGGCUGAUGAUGAAUUCUCUAAAGGCAUUCAUUCUUUUGAUGAAGCAAAGGAUUUCAAAAAAAUAAGUUAUAAACACAAAAGUAAAUCACUGGACUUUUUGGCACAUCGAGCUGAAUCACCUUGUUUCUCAGAAUCAUCUGAGUGCCAUAGUCGAUCUCCUUCUCCAACGCCAUCUAGUGGCUUGGAAAAUACUAGCAUUAAGGAUUCUCCUAUGCAGAUUGACACUGUUGCUUCAAGUGCUGACAACUCUUGCAAUAAUUCUGACAACUUUGGAACCCGGAAAAUUUCAUUGGAUCAUUUUGGCAUCUUGAUUUCUAGAAGAGAAAUAGGCACUUCUAGCCACAUUGAGGCUCGCAGCAUCAUGUCUGGUGGUACAACCAACGGAUGGCUGCCUGAUGUGGCUGUUGUGCUGUGGAAGCGGAUGUUGGGUGCGCUGGGUGAUAUAAAUAAAAUUAAAGAUGCCUCUGUUCAUGCUCAAGUUCUCAAGUACCUGGUUGAUCUCUCAGAGCUUUUUGUAAAAAUUCGUGACAACUUAGGUGUUACUUUAGAUAAUUUAUCAACUCCAGUCCCUCCUGAUUAUGUGCCACCUUUAUUACUUGUUACUCCCUGGCUGUUUGAAGCUUUAAAUCUACCUGAAAAGUACAAACAGGGAAAGUUGACAGCAUUUAAACUUCUCUGCAUAUUGAUGGUUAGAAGACAUGACAUACCUCUAGCAAAUGAAUAUCUUGCUCACUUCUACUAUUCAUUGCACUAUGGUCUCAUGGCCAAUGAUCAAGAUAUGAUAAACACAAUAGUCAAAUACUGUGGACCAAAUUUUUUCUCUAUCGGGCUGCCAGGUAGCACACUUUUAGUAAUGGACUUCAUUUAUGCAGCCGACACAGUUAUAUCUUCAAGUGACAUUAAAGGAGUUCCUAGGACGGAAGCAAUAUCAAUAUUAGGUGCUCUGCUUUCACUCACCAACGUGUACAAAGAAAUACCCACUCUUCAACCCUCAUCAACAGAACUAUUCACAAUAGCAUGCAAAGAUGCUAAAGAUCACAUCAUUAGUAUUUUAUUCAAAGCCGGUAAACGAGAGCCAGCGGGUCUGGCACGAUGCAUUGCAAUCAACAGUAUUGGUAUUUAUUUAUAUGAAGAAUUAACGAAUAAAACCAGUCACUAUCGCAUUAAAGAAGCAGUUACAGUCUUACUUAUUGCUGUUAGGUCUGCUUUAUCCACUCAAAAACCCAGGGAUGUAGAGUUUAACUGUAAAGCUGUGGCUCGUGUUGCUUCAGACAUGCUGCUUCUGCUGUGCGAUCAUGGGGAGGAACUGGAGAGAAUGCAUUCUGAUCUAUGCAGGACAGUAAUUGAGGUUCUUUCAUCCACAUUAGAAAAUCUACUUCCUUCAUCUGAUGCUAUUUUAUUAGAAGAUGAUAAAAAACUCAUUUUGUCACUAAUUCAUUGUAUUGGAGAAUGGUGUUUCGUCACUAAAAUUGGUUCACCCUCAAUAAAUGAGCAGGACUUUGUUCCACUUCUUGCUGUAUUUAAGGUUCUUAAUGCUGCUGCAAAUGGUAAGAAAGUGGAUGCCCCCCAAAGUACCCAGUCCUUAACUGAACUCUCUACUCCAGAUGUCGAUCCUAAUGUCCAAGUAGAAAAUUUUCAAGAAGGCACUACCCCUACCCCAUCAGUACCACCACGAACACUCCAAAGUCCAGAAAAGGCCAGGUCAGCCGACAGCUCUUUUUUUAAGACUAUACAGAAUCAAGACCAUAACAUAGCUAUUAAAUUGGCUGCCAAAAGUCUCUUAUGUCACCUAAUUAAUCAUCUUGGUCACUUUCCCAUGGGCAUUGGAGCAUCACGCCUUACUAGUCUUGUGCAUGAGCAUGAUGAUGUCCCUACAUUGACUGGUGAUGAGUUGUCUGCAGAAGUGUUUCAUGCUCCGAACGUUCAAUUUUUCAUACUUAACAACUGCUCCAUUGUUUCAUUUGUAGAAAUACCAGCUCUUGACAUGCCAGGUGGGGGUGCAACUGCUGGUCUCACCACUUCGAAAUCUCAAGUACGAAUAAUUGUGCGAGACUUGGGUGGAAAAUUCUCAUGGGAUUCUUCAAUUCUGUAUGGUCCUCCAGAUUCAUAUUUUUGUUACCCUGAAACUGAUCCAUUUGAAGCACCACAGAGCUUAACUGUACCUCAGGAUUUGCAGUCAUCCAGCCUUAAUGCCAGUGGCCUUUCGAGUUCCUCACUUAGUCAGAAUAAUUGCCUUCAUCGUAGACAAAAAAACGAACUUCCCACUGCAGAAAACAGUUUUGACAAUGUAGAUAAUUUAGACGAACUGCUCCAGUACAUAGGUUACACAAGCCAUGAGUGUGUCUGUGAGAGUGUUCAAGUGUUGAACGUGCCUCCUUCUUUACAAAAUAAAGAGGGUAGAGAUAAAGAAAAUGAUAUCAUAAAUAAUAUUCUCUCUCAAAGGAAACAAGAGCUUUCACAAUUUGAAAAGUAUUCCUUAAACAGUUGCAUGGAAGCAAAAGGAAUUCAACCGCCUCAACCUACUGAAGCGAGUUCUCCUUUCCAACACUGCAGGCUGUUACUCAAUCAGUUGGGAUUUACAUUCUGGGAUAAAAGAUCUCAGUUUGAUUUAUUGAAGAAAAAUGAGCAGCUGCUGCGAGAAUUGAGAAAUCUUGACAAGCAAAUGUGUCGAGAUACUCAUAAAAUUGCUGUUAUAUAUGUUGCUGCUGGACAAGAAGAUAAGAAUUCCAUUUUAUCUAAUCCAGGAGCUAGUCAAGAGUUUGAAGAAUUCGUAGCUGGAUUAGGCUGGGAAGUUGAAUUAGAAACUCAUCCAGGAUUUUUAGGAGGAUUACAAAGGAAUAAGACGACUGGUGAUACUGCUCCCUAUUAUGCCACACCCUUCACAGAAGUCAUAUUUCAUGUCUCUACUAGAAUGUCUGCUUCUAUGGAACCAGAUUCUAUUCAUAAAAAAGUUUGCCAUUUGGGAAAUGAUGAAGUGCAUAUUGUGUGGUCUGAACAUUCCAGAGAUUAUAGAAAGGAAAUAAUUGCGACUGAGUUCUGUGAUGUUCUCAUUGUAAUAUAUCCUGUUGGUGGAAGAAUGUAUCGAAUACACAUAUCAAGGAAGCUGGGUAUUCCUUUUUUCGGACCUCUGUUUAAUGGGGCUAUUGUCGGUCAUAAAGUGCUGCCUGGACUGGUUCGAGCAACAGCAAUCAAUGCUAACAGAGCUAAGCGAUCUCUUAUGUCUCUUUAUAUGAAUUAUUAUGAAGAAAGAAACAAAUCUUUGGAAGUGAUUGUACAGAAUCACAAAGACCAGACAACAUUUGAGCAAUUUGCUGCCUGUAUAUAUUCACCUGCACCAGCAAAAACUAGUGUUCAGAGUCGAUCAUCAGGACCUCCUAGCCGUACAGACAGUGCCUGUUCCAGAGGUAUGCCUAACUUAGCCGCAGCUCUCCUGGAUGCACACGGUGGCAAAGGCGGAUCAUCGUACAGCCCCAGCAUCAGGAGUCGGACUGCUAGUCAGUCCACAGUUGAAGACAUUUCACCUCAUAGCUCUCCACAAACUUCACUUCGAGAUCGUCCAUUAUCUGUCUCUCAAAGUCAGACGUAGUGUGAUUCCAUAUUCUGAGUGAUAUUGAAAUUCCUGACAAAUGUGUAAAGAAAUAAAGAUAGUUGAAGAAAAAUAACUUCCUUAUUUGUACAGUUGAGACAAAAGAAGUAAAUCUAAUAAAAGUGAAAAUUGCCUUUGUGAAAGAAGAUAUUGAUAGUGAUCUGAAGUGCCAUUUCUAUGGUGGUGAUAAAUCUACUUGUUAUAAAUGAUUAUUAGCAAUUGUAUUCAUUCCAAAGACUGUACAGUGUUAAAUAUUAUAUUGUAAUAUAAAUAUGGGUCUCUCCUUGCAUUACUUCUCAAAUGAUUUUUUUUAUUAUUAAAUUUAAUUCAUUUCUUUAAUCAAAAAAUCAUUUCUUCAUUCAAAGAAAUCUUUUCUUAUUGGCGUUAUUGUUUAACUUAAAGAAUUAAUGUUAUGUUGAUAUAUUUAUUUUUCUUAAUUGUGUAUAAAAAAAAGUACUUAUCUAAUAUUAGUAUUUUUGUACAAUGAAAUUAUUCUUAAAUUGUUCGAGAGUUUUACCUUAAAUAUGUACAAAAUCGGGCACAAAAAUGUAAUGACUCUUACCAGACAUACCUGUCUGGAAUCAUCCUUGUAUAAAUUAAUUUGUUUUACAAUUGUGUUUAAAUUUACAAUUGUGUACAAAUGUGCUAUUUUUGGUUCCCUUAAAUAGUUCCUAAGUUAUAGCGAAAUUCAAGGUAACAUUUUGUGUUUUUCUCUUGAAUAAACGGUUGAGAAUAUAUUUUCCUGAUUAUGGCUACCUACUCAUAUAUUAAGAACAAGAAAUACAAAUUCAUAAAGAAAGAAUACUUAUGGAAAUAGCAUUUUUCUUUCUAAAUUUGUAAUUAUAGUAAUGGGUUUCCAUCAUUGACUUGUAAUAAAGAUAUAUCCCCUAAGCUAUCAAGAUUGCAUCAUAGUUUGAGAAAAUUUUAUCCUUACAUUGAAAGCCUAUAUUCACGAUGUACCUUUUUUUGCGUACAUAAUACAUUUUUAAAAUUAAAUAUUUAUUUUUAAAAAUAGGAGUAUCUUGCAUUUAGAGCUUUUUCCUUGUAAGGGCAAACUGUGUGUAGCAAACUUAAAAUUUUUGUUUCUUUUAAAGAGUUACACAAAUUUCAUAAGGUAAGGCCGUUUAUGUCUAAACAGGUAUAUUUUUCUUUAAAAUUAUCUAUAUUUUAGUUUAAAAUAAUAUCCAACAUUAAAUACCUAUCUACAAGUUAAAAAAGUUAAAACAUUCAAAUCAAUCAGUUUAAAGUAAUGAUGCAUCUAGGCAAUCUCGUGGCCAAAAAGAGAAUUGUCCAUACUAUUCUUAAACAUGAGUUCUGGCAAAAAACAAUUUGUAUGAUUUUUUUUCUGUUUGUAAAUUAAGUAAUUUCUUUCCUUUUACUGUUGUUAUUUCUGGUGUACUUUUUGGUAUAUUUCUGCUUACCACGCUAAUUUAAACCUAAUAUCCUUCCAGUUUAAUUUUUAAAAAACUUUUUUAAUUGUUUAAUUAAUAAUUCUAUAUUUUAGUUUAUAUUUCUUAUUGUUAUAUAGUGCUUAAAAUACAUAACAGAGCACACUACUUUUAACUUAACAAUUGGUUUUUUAUGUUCAGGGACUCAAUCUUACUGGUUCUUGGGUCAGAUCUCAAAUAUACUAAUUAGUUAAUGUAGACAAUAUUUUAAAUUAUGAAAUGCUCAUAUACCUGCACUCUCAGAAUAAACAUACCUCUUUUUUUGUGAGAUUCAGAUUCUUGACUGUCAAACUGAUCCCAAUAGUUGAGUAGAACGAUCGUAAAAUUGGACUCCUUUAUGUAUACUUAGUGCAUAUUUUGCUUAUCUCGAGAAUUUUUGAAGCUAAUCAAAAAAUAUUUUACUCAUGCAAUUAGAAAGUGUAUUUAUCCAAAAACAUUUCCAUGCAAUCUGUUGGGGGAGGGGGAUAUGUUUAUGCAUAGAAAGUAAGUUUUUUUGUCUGAUUUAAUAACGUAAAAUAUUUUCUGCAUCAAUUAAUUAGCUUCUGUGAGAUCAGGCCAGCCUUCAAACCAUUAAGAUUGAGAAAUCUGAUCAUUAGAUUAAAAGUUUAUUUAAAAAGGGAUCAUUUACAUGCUGUUAAAAGUGGUAAGUUACAUGGAGUUAUUUACGCGGCAAUAUAUUUCAAAAGCGUGAGAAAUAAUUUAAAAAAUUCACAUUCAAUAUAAAAUUCUAGCAUAUUUCAUACCAUUCUCAAUAUUAUUAUUUAUUAUUAGCAACAUUUUUUUAAGCUUCAACUUUAGUCUGCAAACAUAUAUAUUUUUAAAUUAAUUAAAGUUACCAUAUUGUUUCAAUUCUGUUUCUUUUGAACGAACAAUAUGUUGCUAUUUAGUUUAGUAUUUACAAAUAAAGACCGUUGUCAAUUAUUAAUUAAUAAAAUUAUACAUUAAUCUUAAAUGCUAACUUAGUUCCAUGAUCAAAAACUAGUUUUAAAAAACCACGCAAAAUAUUUCAUAUAAUAUUUUUCUUCUGAUUUUUCUUGUGAAAUAAAGUUUAAAACCAUAUUUAUCAUGAUUUUAUCCUCUUCCUACUAUUAAAUUGAAAAAUAAGCAUCUAAUUCACUAUUUUAGCAGUGAAAGAUAUGUAAAUGAAAGAGAUUUUGUAUAUUCUGAGAGCUAAUUAUUAUAAGAGUAUUUGUAUAUAGCUGUAAAGAAAGACUUGUUUUUCUUAUGAUUUUUCAGAGAAUUGUUCUUUAUUGCCCAACCUUGAUAGAAUUAAAUUAUUUUUGAAGGAAAAAAAAUUAUUAUUUGUGGUUGAAUUUAAUGAAAUUAAGAAGUAUGAUUUUUUUACUGUGAUGUUCCAUGUUACCUGUAAAUAUGUUAUUUUUUUAUCUUGUUGAUUUCUUUACUUUUUGUAUUAUUUUGCUAUGAAAAUGUUUUAUUCCGACUGCUAACACAUAGAGUUGUUUUAUAUAUGAGAAUAUAAAAUAGUUUGUUGAAUGGGGUAUAACAGUUUCAAAAAAGAGAAUAUUUAUUAGUAUUUCAUGUUAUUAAUAUUUUCAUUUGAGUUAUUGAAUUAAAGUAUGCUGCAUUUGAAAUUAUUUUUAACGUAACUUUAAUAAAGAACUAACAUGUAUUUUAAUGUAUUCUGUGUUUAUGAAGUACCUGAAGUGAUAUUUAGCGUUUAUGAUUCUUAUGGAAAAAACACCCUUGCUAAAUUCAGAUUUUUACUUUAAAAUGAUUUGAAAAUAAUUUUUAAAAAGUGGUAAAUAUACUGAACUAAUAUAAGUAUUGUGCUUCUAGUAGAAUUUUAUCAUUUAGCUACUUAAAACAUUCAUGAUCUCAGAUAUGUCCACAGUGCAUGUUGAAACAUGUAGUGAUCCAUGUAACUAAUAAGGAAAUUGCUCAAAGUAUCCUUUAA